GUGGAGAACUACUGAGCUCCCCGGUUUAACUACCGUGAAUUUGAGCCAACUCGUUGAAGAGGACCAGUGAACGUGCCGCGUUUCUGGGCCAUGUGGUUACUGGCCUGAAAUUCGAGGCUCCCAGGUGUCCAAUGCCCAGACCCUGACAGCGAAAAUCUGCUCAACCCCAGAAUCCUGCACCUUUGCAGUCAUCCGAACCUCAUUCCCGCACUGACUUUCGGCAAAUCCGAUCUGUCUCUUGCAUCCGACAGUCAUCGGGGGAUUUCUUUUUCACAUUGUGUAUAAAUUCACCCCGCAUCCCCCCUUGCAUGUCUACCGAGGAUGCAAAGGUAGCAAGAUCGGCAACUGUCCACCUGGCUACUGGUUCUUGAGCUCACUGUGAUAUAAAGUUAAGCGAGCAUGGCGACCGAAAAGGGUGCCUUGGAUGGUGUCGCGGAUGAGAAGGCCGGCGAUACUGAGGCUAACAAGGUCAUCGAUGCGGCUGAACACGGCCAUGCUGCGACUGAUCAGUAUGGUCGCGUAUUGAUUGAGUUCGAUCGUGCUGCAGAACGUCGCCUACGACUAAAGAUCGAUCUGUGCAUCGUCCCCACCGUGGCGCUGCUCUAUCUCUUUUGUUUCAUUGACCGCGCGAAUAUCGGGAACGCCAAACUCGCCGGGCUGGAGAAAGAUUUGGGCCUUACGGGCAACGAUUAUAAUACCAUCUUGUCUAUAUUUUACAUUUCAUACAUCAUCUUCGAGAUUCCAUGCAAUAUCGCUUGCAAAUGGAUGGGACCCGGUUGGUUUCUUCCUACGACCACUGUGUUGUUCGGGGUUUGUUCCCUUGGAACGGCUUUCGUGCAGGAUAUCCAUGCGGCAUCAGGAGUCCGAUUCCUCCUUGGGAUAUUCGAAGCAGGCAUGUUACCCGGAAUUGCCUACUACCUUUCGCGCUGGUAUCGGCGCAGUGAGCUUGCAUUCCGCCUAGCGCUAUAUAUCGUCAUGGCACCACUUGCCGGUGCUUUUGGUGGCCUCCUAGCAUCGGCAAUCUUAACGCUCGACCAUUUCGGCAGCCUGCGCACCUGGCGCAUGAUCUUCGCGAUCGAGGGCAUCAUCACAAUUGGCCUCGGCCUCAUAGCCUUUGUCACCCUAACUGACCGACCGGAGACGGCACGCUGGCUGACACAAGAGGAGAAAGACCUUGCCAUUACCCGAUUGAAGGCGGAGCGUGUCUCGACCACCGAAGUCCUCGACAAGAUGGAUCGUACCAAGAUGAUGCUCGGCAUCUUUAAUCCGGUCACAUUGUCAACGUCGUUUAUCUUUUUGCUCAAUAACAUCACCGUCCAGGGAUUGGCAUUCUUCGCCCCGACCAUUGUCCGAACAAUCUAUCCGAAUGCCAGCGUUGUUUCACAACAGUUGCACACUGUGCCUCCCUACGUGGUCGGCGCGUUCUUCACCGUUCUGUUCCCCUUUCUCAGCUGGCGCUGGGACAACCGCAUGGUGUACUUUGUAGUCGCACCGCCCCUCAUGAUCAUCGGUUAUAUCAUGUUUUUGGCCAGCACCGAGCCCAUGGUGCGCUAUGGUGCGACCUUCCUGAUUGCGAGCGGCGCGUUCGCAUUUGGCGCCCUUUGCAAUGCUCAUGUUUCGAACAACGUAGUAUCGGAUACGGCGCGGUCGUCGGCGAUUGGAACGACCGUGAUGUUCGGCAACUUGGGCGGGCUGGUUUCCACCUGGUCAUUCUUACCAUUCGAUGCGCCAAAUUAUCAUAUUGGGAACGGCCUCAACCUGGCCACGUCAUCAUUAACUAUGAUCCUCGGGGCCUGUCUUUGGAUGUGGAUGAAAUGGGAUAACAAAAAGCGGGAGAAGGUGGACAUUGACCAGGCUCUGCGGGGCAUGUCCCAGAAACAGAUCCAGGAUCUAGACUGGCGCAACCCGGCCUUCCGCUGGCGGACAUAGAGCCAGCCGCAGACAGGGGGGUUUUUGCUUGGGCUAUUUCGCUUGUGUCUAAUAUGGGAGCCGGGUGGUAUUUAUGUAUCGGAGCAUGCAUAGACCGGUCAUAGCCUGCAUGAUAUCAGGAGAGGGACGCAUUGCAUGUAUUGAUUCAUUCGUAUGUAAAUUUAAAUC